GAGCGCGCGCGCCGGUGCGGGUGCGUGCGUGAGCGUGCGUGAGCGUGCGCGCCCCCCGCCGCCUCUGCCGGUGCUGGUCCCGCGCCCUCUGCCACUGCCACCACCGCCGUCUCCGCUGCCGCCGCCGCCGCCGCCGCCGCCGCCGCCGCCGCCGGGUCCCAAGGCGCAGCCCCGGCUGAGGAGCGCGUCGGCCGGCUGCCCAGCAGCGCCGCGCAGGAAGGAGCGGAGCCGGCGGGCGGGCGCGCAGGCGGACAGACUAGCCUGCCAUGGCAGACCAGAGACAGCGCUCACUCUCUACCUCUGGGGAAUCCCUGUACCACGUUCUGGGGCUGGAGAAGAAUGCAACCUCGGAUGACAUUAAGAAGUCCUACCGGAAGCUGGCCUUGAAAUAUCACCCUGACAAGAACCCAGAUAACCCAGAGGCCGCAGACAAGUUUAAGGAGAUCAACAACGCCCACGCCAUCCUGACGGACGCCACGAAAAGAAACAUCUACGACAAGUACGGCUCGCUGGGGCUCUACGUGGCCGAGCAGUUUGGGGAGGAGAACGUGAACACCUACUUCGUGCUCUCCAGCUGGUGGGCCAAGGCCCUGUUCGUGUUCUGUGGGCUCCUCACCUGCUGCUACUGCUGCUGCUGCCUCUGCUGCUGCUUCAACUGCUGCUGCGGCAAGUGCAAGCCCAAGGCGCCCGAGGGCGAGGAGACCGAGUUCUACGUGUCCCCCGAGGACCUGGAAGCGCAGCUGCAGUCCGACGAGAGGGAGGCCGCAGACACGCCGAUCGUCAUCCAGCCGGCAUCCGCCACGGAGACCACCCAGCUCACAGCCGACUCCCACCCCAGCUAUCACACCGAUGGGUUCAACUAAAUUCAGGAGAAGCUGUGAUUCGAGGGUCAGGCAGCACCCAGCCACUCGACCUUAGAAUCAUGGACUGUAGUCCCAGAGAUGGGGCGGGAGCCGCCCUGGCCCCGGGAGCGCAGCGCCAGCCCGCCUCUGUGCCCGCCCACCCGCCGAUCCCUGACACACGAAGUGCGUAGCAUGCAGUAUUUAAAGCAGUUUAGCUACGG